GCGCCGUUACGUCGCGCCCCUGGCUUCUCCCAUGAUCCCAUGCGCGGCAGCAACAUGAUGGCGCGGGUUGGGUGAGAGUGGGGCCCUGGCCGGCGGGAAGGCCGAUUCAUGGUGUAGACCCACGGCUGUUCUGUCCUCCAUCAUGGGAAGAGAGAGGAAGUGCAUUUUGUGUAACAUCAUUUACAGUUCAAAAAGGGAGAUGGAGGAACACAUGAGGAGUAUGCUACACCACAGGGAACUUGAGAAUCUGAAAGGAAGGGACUGCAAACACGAAUGCCGAGUCUGCAGAGUGACUGUGGUGGGCCUCUCGGCUUACGCCAAGCACGUCUCCAGCCAGCACCAUAAAGAGAAGGUGGAGACCCAGGAGGGUGAAGAGAACCACAAGGAUGAUGGCAAAGAAGAAGAAUACUUUGACAAGGAACUAAUUCAACUGAUUGGCCAACGGAAAGAACAAAAAAGAAAGAAUGACAUGGCCAAGCCAGGAAACCAAGCAGAUGGUGAUGACAGGCGAUACCGGAGGAUGAGAGAAGACCAGCAGACCUGCCAGCCUAUGAGUCAAUAUGUCCAGUCAGCAUGGCACCACGAAAGUGCAGGAGAGCGGGAACGGGAUUGGGCUCUGCGGGAAUAUGCCAGUUGCAGGUCGAGCAAAUACCACUGGAAGACCAAUUCAGGGGGCUCUUCAAACCGACACUCACCGGGCUCAUGGGGACCUCACAGCUGGCAACCCGAUGACAACGGAGGGGCUCCCAACUGGUAUUCAAAUCACAACUGGCAUCCCGUUGGGCCAGGGGGGCCGACCAGUCGCCAUUACAAGGUCCAAGGGGGCCCAUCCAACUGGAGCACUAAUGCCAGCAGUGGUGGGGACAGCGCAGCUCACUACAUGAGCAGCAGGUCGAAUGCCCGACCCCAGGCUGGUAAUAGCAGUAAUUCUGUGGAGGAGCUGGAUCGGAAGUGGAGUAAAGGGAAAAUGCAAAAGUUGAAUCAAAUGGACAGCAGAAGUGUGAGACAUCGGCGUGCCUGGGAGAAAGCACAAAACUGGAGGUGGCCAGGGAGAAAUCCAUCAGACCGGUACAACGUGAGCGAUUAUUCCUUGCAGGAAUACCACAUGGAUUUCACCAGCGAUGAUGUGCCAAGUGAAGGGAUGUUAAGUUUUAACCCAGUGUUGAGAGACCAGAAUAAAAGUGAUCAGAGUGGGGGGAAGAGCUUGAGCCCCCCGAGGGAUAAGAGGCAUCGUUGGGCUCCAUAUCGUCCUCAGAAGUCUAAAGACCUGGCCAUGAAUCCUGAUGCUAGAAGAAAGAGUGGGAAUGAUUCUGGGAGCAGUUCCAGGUCAGCAAGAGUGAAAGACGCUGGGACUUGGCACAAAAAUGGUGGUCGUCACUCUGGGAAGGUGACUGAAGAACCGAGCAGUGGUGCGAGUCCUCCGACACAAUGUGGUUGCUCCACAGAGGAUGAAAUCAAAGCAGCAGACAAAGAUAAGAGCCAGCUUCCUGCCACACUUCACAGCAAAUUUUUCCCCAAUCCUUCUCCUGAACUUGCAUCUUCUGCUUCAGAUUCAAACCCAAAGAAAGAUGAACCCUCGUUUAAGGUAGAAAGUGGGAAGUGCCCAAGGUCACCCAACUUGGAUACACACAGGUGUUCACCAUUUAAUAAGAGCACACAAUGGCUGAACAGUGCACCAAGUACAUCAGAGGCUCACCUUUCAACAGAAACUACCACAGAGCCAACUGCACAGCCCUCAUUCGCUGUACCAGGCUAUGGUGAUAAAUCACCGUUGGACAAUAGUUUGAGUGAGAUGCUGAGACUGGCCAGAGAAGCACUGAGGCAGAGUCAGUCUGAAUGUGGACAAGACAGGUAUCCGGAGAGUGGUAGAGAAUCUGGCGAGGAUGACAAGGACAACUGGAAAAACAAUAACAAUAAAUUGCAGAACACAGAUGGACACCCAGUGCAGCAAGCUCCAGUGGACUCCAGGAAACUAAGCCAAGAACUUACUGACAUUGCAGAAGAAUUGGACCUAGAUACAGCUGUAGAUUCAGGUCAGAGGGAGCCUUGUGUACAAACGAUAAAAGAAGAAUUACACCCAGAUACAGUUGUAGAUUCUGCCAGCAUACAUUCAGAUCAGAGGCAGUCUUGUGCACAAACAAUAAAAGACCAAGCAGCUGUGUUAGGCACCCAGCAUGAUGCUGUUUCUGAAGACUGCAUCACAAAAAGUGACUUGAAAGCCUCCUUCGCUUCAGGAGCAAGUGAUCAGUCACCAUCCACUUUCUCCUUUGCAGUGACUGAAGCCAAAAAUGAAGUCCAAAGUUCCAUUCCUGCUGAAACAUUUGAUAAUUGUUCCUCUGACACUGAGCUACAGAGCGGAGGGGCCCAGGGCUCCAGCCAUCUUCUGUCUGAACUCAACAAGCUUAGGCUUCCCACCUCUGUACAGAGAGACCUAACCCGCCACAUCAACGCCAAGUGGCCUGGCACUCACAUCCCUGAGCCCAACCUCAACAUUGCCCGCCGAAUCCGGAGCAUAGGAAGUCAGAGGAAAAGUGAAUCAGAGAAAGAAUCUGGUCUGAAACCAACUGUACGUCAGCUGCUGAAUGUGUCCCGGCAUCACGUCAAUUGGGAUCAAGUUACGCAAGUUGCUAAAAAGAAGCAGGAACUUGGCAAGGGUUUACCAAGGUUUGGGAUUGAGAUGGUUCCUUCAGUGCAAACCAGCUUGGAGGCUCUGGAGCUGGAUGAGGAAGAAAACCUCUCUUCGCUGGAAGGCUUUCAGUGGGAGGGAAUCUCUAGUACUCCAGUCGGAACCAUCCGGAAGCGCAGCCUCUCUGAAAGCAGUGUGGUCACAGACAAACGAUCAAUUUACAACCUGUUUGGCGACGACUCGAAACGUCUGGAGGGGGACAGGGCUAAGGAACAUGCUCCCAGCAUUCCAAGUAGCAAGUUACCUCCAUUACCUCCAGGACCAAACACUUCGAUCUGUCAGGUGAAAAGGGCUGCCCGCGAUAGCCCCGCCCUCCCAGAAAUACUCCAGGUUGGCAGCACUGGUGACAGCUCCAGCUCUUCAACCCAGGCACUCCCCGUGAAGACGGAAGGAAGUUCAGACUCACUGCUUGGAUUUAACAGCGUCCCUGUGAAGAACAGUGGGCUGGGGAAGGGGUCCGUCCUUUCUACCAGUGAUGGCUCUUGUCGACAGGACACUCUUGAAGCAGAAGGGGAUUGCGAGGUGCUUGCCCAGCAGAGUUCCUCUGGUGCUGUGCAGGGUUCCAUUGCAGCAGAUGGUGCCACUGAUAGCAGCUACACAUCUGGCGGUGAACUCAAUGACACCCAAGUGCUGGGCAAGAGAAGAAGAGCAACAGCGGAUGGUCUGUCUCCAGAACUCCCUGGUUUGGAGAGAAAGAAUAAGAGGAGAAAGAUCAAGAGUAAAAGAGAAAGGAACCAGCUGGACCAAUUGUUGAGCAUCUCACUGCGUGAGGACGAGCUGAAUAAAACAAGCCAAGGAUUAGAUGGAAACCUGCUGCAGGCUCGAGCUGCUCUCCAAGCUGCGUAUGUAGAGGUUCAGAAGUUGCUGCUGCUUAAACAACAGAUCACCCUGGAAAUGAGCACACUAAGGACCAAGAGAAUAGAAAUCCUUCAAGGACUGCAAGAUUCCAGUGUUUCUUCUGGAGAGCGAUUGAUGCAGAGCCCAGCAACAGAAAACAGCAGUCUGCACAGAGGCACAUGUGAGCUCAGCUUCCACAUCCCCUUCUCACCCUUACUUAACCCACCUUCCUGCUCUGGCUCCAGCGCUGACCUGCAUCCUCGGCUUGAAGCUGCCCCAGGUUUCCAGGCUGCUGCAGAGAAUCCCUUGCCUGCCCUGUCAAACGCUUCCAUUAAACAGGAACCUGCCUCUCCAAAGCGGACAGAGGAGAAUGUGAAGAUGUCGGUACCGCUGCACUUCGCUGGCCGGAUGCUGAGUGACUGCCACGGUUCAGCCCUUCCCCGAACACUUUUCUCAGGAGCCCACUGUAAAGGUGAAGUCACAUCGGCUGGGUUCCCAAUAAUCACACUACCUUCAUCUCUCCAGCACAUGACUGAGAGCUUCCCACCACUGGGGCACGGAGGGCAGGGUGUUGUGAUGCACCAGACCAGGGACCGCCAUGCCAAAACUGGCACCACCACUCCUCCUGCAUUUGGCCAGAGGUCGGGGGCUGAGACUGCAACACCUCAGCAAGGAGGAUUAUUUGCUGUGCCAGAGAACCGUGGCUCCCUGUUGACAGACAAGAGCCAGAAGGGCCCAAAGUUUCUGGGGAGAGAGGGUAAGGGUCGGGGAAGUGAGCUGCAGCAGGAGGUUGAGUCCUCCAUAACUCCCUCCGAGAGUAAAAGCUCCAAGAAGAAGAAGAAAUUCAGGAAGAAGAAGUCCCCUCGAGUGGCCCAAGCCGGGGAGAACAGUGACACAGAGCAGGACACUGAGCUCGUCCGACCUCAACGCAAGCUGAAGAACAAGAAGGUCGCCAAGGCAAAGGUCACGACCUCGACCCAUCGAGGGUCAGACGAGCCCUUGGUGCCCAGGGCCAAAGGCUGUCAGAAAGGGGAGAGUGAGAUGCGGAGCGCCUCCACAAACAGUGACUCCUCCGUCGAGCUUCUGGAAGUUAGCAACCCCAACUCGGAAGUGGUUGCUAUUGAGUCUUUGGAAUCGGGUAACGAGCAGCCUGACAGUCCGCCCAAGAGAGAGCAGGUGGUCGGGGCUCGAGGCAGCGCUGACCAGCUCAAGGCAGCAUACGACGAGGUAACCUCGACCAGCGAGAUAGGGACGAGUUGUGCUGAUGUGGCCACCAGAAGUGUGGCUGAGACUCAAACUCCUGUGUCUUCACAGAGGGGAUCGAGGAACACAUCAGAAAUGUCCUCUGAUGACGGGGAGGAGGAAGAUCCAACUGAGGGAGCAUUCGAGGGUCACCGAGCAGCCGUCAGUGCCAUGCAGAUAUAUGGCGGCCAACUCUACACCUGUUCCGCUGAUAAAACAGUGCGCGUCUACAGUCUGACGAGUCGGCAGCGUGUGGGUACAUUUGAGACUCACAGUACCAAGGUGAACUGCUUACUGAUUAUACAACUGCAAGGAAAGACCGCGUGUCUGUACACUGGAUCCAGUGACCAUACCGUCCGAUGUUAUGAUGUGAAGACCAAAGUUCGUCUGGACCAGUUCACGUUGUCAGACCGCGUGCUGAGUCUACACAGUCGAUGGAGAAUCUUGUACGUUGGAUUAGCGAAUGGCACUGUGUUCACCUUCAGUGUCAAGAGUAACAAGCAGCUGGAUAUGUUUGACUGUCAUGGACCACGGGCAGUCAGUUGUCUCGCCACGGCGCAGGAGGGAGCCCGCAGGCUGCUGCUGGUUGGGUCAUACGACUGCACCAUCAGCGUCCGUGACGCCAGGAACGGAUUACUGCUCAGAACCCUGGAAGGACACACCAAGACAGUCCUGUGCAUGAAGGUGAUAAAUGACUUGGUUUUCAGUGGAUCCAGUGACCAGUCUGUACACGCUCACAACAUCCAUACUGGAGAGUUGGUGAGGGUCUACAAAGGUCACAGUCACGCCGUUACAGUGGUCAACAUCCUGGGCAAGGUGAUGGUGACUGCCUGCCUGGACAAGCUGGUCCGUGUCUACGAGCUGCAGUCCCACGAUCGCCUGCAAGUGUACGGUGGACACGAGGACAUGGUGAUGUGUAUGGUCAUACACAAGAGCAUGAUCUACACGGGCUGUUACAAUGGGAGCAUACAGGCAGUGCGGCUCAACCUGAUGCAGAACUAUCGCUGUUGGUGGACGGGCUGCAGUUUGAUCUUUGGAGUCUUGAAGCACCUGAAACAUCACCUGCUGACUGACCACAACAGCACCUCUGUCCAUACCCUGAAGUGUCGGUGGCGCAGCUGCGACGCUUUCUUCACUGCGAAGAAUGGGUCCAAACAGGAUUUUCCCAAGCACCUCUGCCAACAUGCCGAGGAGAAUAGCCACCUGGACCCAUGAGACAUUCGACCUCCUAAAUUGGGAAGCAGUUUAAAACUACACAAUGGUCUUUACGUGAUCCGUUUCCAUCAUUCCGAGUUGACAGUUUCCGUGACCUUGCAGCAGAUCCGAGUUCACACUUGGACUAAGUCCACAGUCUGUAGCUGGUCUGGAUCUGCUGCUCUCCAACAUGGGAUACACUGCGUGAAGGGCAAACGUUGGCAAGAUGGGACUUGUGAGAAUGUGAAACGAGCGAAAUGAUGGGAGUACUGAUGAGUGGCUGCACAGAUGUGUGGUUGUGGCCGUGUCUGUGCCAUCUGAGUAUUAGUCCAUGGAUUUUCUGAAUGAGGCACUCUUGUUACAGUCUCCUGUGAUUCAAUGAACUAACCGUGGAAUCCUCACUGAUUCCCCAAUACCGGAGUUGAUUAUUUUACCUGGUGUUUUUCUCUGUGUUGGGUUGUCGGGUUUUUUUGCUUGAUAAUUCAACAUCAAACUGCAAACAAACUUGUGGUUUCUAAAUCUGUCCUGACUUUUUUUUUUAAUGGCUGGGAUGAAUUUUGUGUGUGUGUGUGUGUGUGUGUGUGUGUGUGUGUGUGUGUGUGUGUGUGUGUGUGUGUGUGUGUGUGUGUGUGUGUGUGUGUGUGUGUGUGUGUGUGUGUGUGUGUGUGUACACGCACGCACUGUCUGUCAGGAGCUGUGACAGGAGGUUAUAGAGCAGAUAGCCACAUUCUGCAGGUUUAUUUUGUAAUUUAAUUCUGUAAUUCUGCUGAUUACAGCCGAGUCCUGUUGCUGAGAUUUCCUGGUCUGGUACAGGGGCCGAGUGGCUCUGUAGCACUGUGUGAUGCUUGCUGCGUAAUAGUAUCGAUAUAUUUAUUACCUUGUUUAAGUUGAGGUCUUGGCUAAGAAUGUGGUUUGAUUCUGGAAGUGGGUUGGGGAGUCCCACCUUGUGGUUCCCCACACCCCCCCCCCCCCCCACUUUUGUUUUAGGUAAAGAUUGACUUUGUUUUCCAAGAUCUUAAGCCAAAAAGUACCAAUUUUGAUAAGUGGACAAGGUGACAAGGAAUGAUCAGAAUCGAGCUCUGUGGUGUGGGGCUGUAUACUGUGCGCCCUACCCUCUCUGUGUAUUGUGUGUGUGAGGUUCGGUGUGUUGUGUGGGCCAUGAAACCGUGCAGAGUUCAGCCUAAGGCGACUUCAUGUCAGAGUAAGGGCUGUCAGCACACUGUGGCCCUGAGCUGGCCUAUUUUAUAUGCAGUAAGGCUGCAAGUUGUGAGAACAUGAUGGGAAUGAGUAUGUUUACAGUAAGUGAUUUUACAAUGAUUAAAAAUUAAGGAUCUAAAUAAACAUGACUCCAAGAGGA